AUGGCGAAUACAAAGAGUGAUGAAGAGAGCAACGUGAGAUCAUCAAUCAUGGAAUGGAAACAGCUGCACCCUCUGCACCAAAUCGCGGAAACACCCACCCACAAACUCCUCCUAAAACAAUGGCUGAAAGAAGAAGAACUCAUCAACGGUCGCAUAGCUUUAAAAGAAACCCAAAUAGACUCGAUCCGAAAAGAAAUCACAACACUCUACAUCUUCUUCUUCCUCUUCCAUUCAACCACCCUCAUGCUUCUCUUCAACAACUCGUCGUUUUCUUCAACAACAACAAUACCUAACAAAGGGUGUCGCAAAUCGUGGGUCCCCUCGGUCUGUUCGUUGUUGUUUUCGUUGGGGUUUAUAUGGGCUUUGAGGUAUAAGAGCGACGUGGAGGGUCAUAUGGAGAAGAUGCUUUGUAGGGAGAAAGAGGAUAGGGGGUUGUUGAGGAAGUGUUCGGAGGAGUUGAAGAAGAAAGGGUUGGAAUUUGAUUUGUUGAAGGAAGUAGAUGCGUUGAGGAGGGCUAAGAGUUUGAGAGUUGAGAGUAGUAAAGAGGUGAGGAAAUGGUCGUCGAGGGAUUUUGUUUCUUUGUUUUUCUUUUCUAUGGCUUGUUUGUCUCUUGCUGUCAUAAGAGUCAUUUUAUGUAGUUAG